CCCUUCUUUCCAGCUUCCCUUCGUAGUGGCAAUUCCUGGCCAACCUCACCUUUAAUCCUUUUUCCCUCGUUUCCCCCUUCUGUCCCCGCUUCCUUCCAUUGCGCUGCUGUCCUCGGGGAGAUUCAUUCACGUUCUGCAUUCCCGGGUGUUGUUGCCUCGCUCGCUUUGCGCAUCUUCGUCUGCCCGCCCUGUUUGUUUGUGGAAGCUGCGAGAGGGAAGCGUUGAGCCACUCCCGCCGUUGCCAAUCCUUCUCUACCUCUUCGCCGACCCCGUUUUAUUGAGACGACUGAAACAUUGCACCCGACCCGCCGAGCGCAAUUCUUACCGUCAUGCUGUCUUGGGCCGUCGUGCUGGGCCUGCUGGCCCGGCAGAUCCUCGCCAUCCCGACCAUCUCUGCCAAAGGCUCCAAACUCUUCACCAGCGACGGAGCGCAAUUCUACAUCAAAGGCCUUGCCUACCAACCAACACCUAAUGACCCGCUGGCCAAUACAAACCAAUGCCAGCUCGAUGUCGCUCUGAUGCAAACGCUGGGCACCAACGCCAUCCGCGUCUACCACGUCGAUGCAUCCCUGGACCACGACGGCUGCAUGUCCGCCUUUGCCAACGCCGGCAUCUACGUCUGGCUGGACCUCGACACCUUCAGCACCUACAUUCUGCAAAACACCUCCCCGACCCCUCAAUGGACCAAAAGCAUGUUCCAGGCCUACGCCGACGUCAUGGACACCUUCCAGAAAUACGACAACGUUGCUGGCUUCUUUGUCGGGAAUGAAAUGCUGACCACCGGCGCUAGCAGCAUUGCUGCUCCGUACGUCAAGGCUGCCGCUGCGGAUAUGAAGGCCUAUCGGGACAAGCAAGGCUACCGAGAUAUUCCCAUUGGAUACUCCGCCGCCGACAUUCCCGCGCUGCGGCCGAACUUGCAAAAUUAUCUCGCCUGUGGUUCUGACGCUGCGGAUGCUGUUGACUUUUACAGCCUGAAUGCCUACGAAUGGUGCGGUGACUCCAGCUAUGACGAGUCCGGCUACGACAUUCUCGAGAAGAACGCCAGCAACUACAACAUCCCCAUCUUCUUCUCCGAGACGGGCUGCAUUGUACCCGAGCCGCGCCUCUUCGCCGACCAAGCCGCCAUCCUCGGCCCCGAAAUGGACCACACCUGGUCCGGCGCCAUCAUCUACGAGUGGGUCGAAACGACUAACAACUACGGCCUCAUCUCCUACGGACCGCCAUCAGGCGCCGAGCCCACCGUCUCCGUUCAGCCCGAAAUCGGCGGAUACAGCGUAGGCGGCGCCCCGACCCCCCUCAACCCCGGCUUCACCAAUCUCAAGAACCAAUGGGCCACCCUGAGCCCUACCGGCGUUUCCGAGAACGCCUACACCCCCAGCAACACCCCGCCCGCUUGUCCCUCCUACACCAGCGGCUACUGGGAAGUCUCGGGCAACGUGGCGCUGCCCACCAUCGGCGCUGCAGCCGUCACGGGCCCCACGGGCUCUGCUGGCUCUGGCUCCGGCUCUUCCGGAACCGGCUCUGGCUAUGGCUCUGCAUCACAGAGCUCCGGCUCCGGCAGCGCCAAGAGUACCGCGAGCCAUAACGGGGCCGCGCGACCGACUCACGCCAUCAUGCACUCGGCCGGCAUGGCCGCGGUCGAAGGCUGGUUCGGGCGGACGGAGAACAGCAAUCCCGCGCUCUUCUGGUUCGUGGGCAUUGCGUGUGCGAUUCUGGGGCCGGCGAUUGCGUUGUAAGAAGACAUAAAGCAUUAUCGUGGCUUGCAUAUACACACCUCC